AUGAAUGCUAUCACAACAAGGAGUGGCAAACAAGUUGGGGAGGAGACUGUGGUAAUGAAGUAUGUUGUGGUUGAUGAUGAUCGGGCUAUUGAUGAACCGAGGGUUAUUGAAACGCAAGUUGAGCCAACGAAGAAGAGGGUUACUUUUGAAGAUCCCAUUGUGGUAGACAAAGGUCCCGAAAGUGGUGAAGCCACGGGAGAUGAGAAAGUGGAUGAUGAGGCUCCUCAAGCAAUGAAAACUGUUCCUAAGCCUCCACCACCAUUCCCUCAAAGAUUAGCACAAAAAGCGGAUGAUGGAAAAUUUCUCAAGUUCACUGAAAGGUUAAAGGGGCUCUCAAUAAAUAUUCCAUUGGUCGAGGCACUUGAACAAAUGCCCGGCUUUGCAAAGUUCAUGAAAGAUCUAGUGACUAAGAGAAGGAGCACUAGAUUUGAAACCAUGGGAGGCACUCAUCAUUGUAGUGAAAUUGUUACCAAAGCUUUGGUACAAAAGAAGGAAGACCCCGGAGCCUUCACAAUUCCAUGCAAAAUCGGUAAGUACAAAUUUGCAAAAACUCUAUGUGAUCUUAGAGCAAGCCUCAAUUUGAUGCCACUUGCUAUAUUCAACAAGUUGGGUUUGGGAACUCCCCAUCCCACAUCGAUGAGAUUACUUAUGGCGGAUAGAACCGUAAAGAGGCCCGUUGGCAUUCUCUAUGAUGUACUUCUGAGAGUGGACCGAUUUAUUUUACCAGCCGAUUUUGUGAUCUUGAAUUGCGAGGUUGACUUUGAAGUACCCAUAAUAUUGGGGAGGCCAUUCUUAGCUACGAGGCGUUCCUUCGUGGAUAUGGAGAGAGGAGAUUUGAAAUUUCGAAUGAACGAUGAAGAAGUCACCUUCAACAUUUGUAAAUCUAUGAAGCAACUGGCGAAUAUGAGUGUGAUGUCGGUUAUUGAUACCAUUGAUGAAGCAAUCGAGUCAACCGUAGAUCAUGAGCAUGUAGGUGAAAUGCUAGCGGCAGUCUUGAUGAAUUAUGAUGGGGUGAUGAUGAAGAGUUUAAGGAGACGGUGA